UCCUCUUCUUCUCAGGUCCGCCACAAGAGGGGCCGGAACUCCACCCCUCUCCCCGGUUCUCUGGUGUCCGCCGGUCCUCCCAUGGGGACCGCCGAUGAUGAGUUUCUCAUUGGGCAAGGGAGUCAACCCUUUCCCUAUGCCCGGGAGGCCUAUCAGUUCACAGGAUACACGUCCUGGGUAGGACGGGACUUCAACAACAAGCUUCAAGAAAUACAACAGCUCAAGAGGGACCAUCCUGACGUGGUCCACAGCCCGGCCUGGCCAUUUAUGCAGGAGGAGUACACUCGUAUGGCCGAUUAUGUUGUCACUUCCUCUGCUCAGCGCCAUUCCCUUCGCCUAUUGGACUGCAAUGCUGCUUUAUCAAAGGAGCUGAGGGAUCUCAACUCUCGGCACUCUAUCUGCGUUGAGCGUCCGAAAUAUGAUCGGGUUUUGUCCGAGAACGAUCAGCUCCACUCGGACCGUGAGCGGCUUGCGGCCAAGGUCGGGCAGCGUGAUCUAAACCGGAUUCACGACCUCAAGGAGAUAGAAUUCCUGAGGAGGGACUUGGAGCGGCAGGUCAGAGAGCGUGAAUUGCAAGUUCGAGAGGAGGCAGAACUUCACCGAAGGAGAUCGGAGGAGGAGCUAGAGCGAACGUGGCGUCGUCGAUCUGAGGAGGAAGCGAGGAAGGCGGCGGAAGAGGUCGAGCAGAGGUGGCGCCUCCAACAUGAAGAAAUGGAACGUCAACUUUCUCAACGGGUCAACGAGCUAAACCUGACCCUUAUGGAGGAGAGGCGUUCAGCUCGGAGUUCCCUUGAUGAGGCCUGCCGCUCGCUCGAGAACGAGCGUCUCACAUAUGAGGGACAUAUGGCUUGGAUGGAGGCCGAUCGAAUUUCAGACUAUGGAAGGGGUUUCUAUCGUGGAGGUUUGGAGGUCCAAUAAAAAUUUUAUCGUGGACUGGAGCCUUACUCUGAUAGACUAGAUCCUUGGCUGAAGUUUCCAGGCGUCCCAGGACCCAUGGGACCAGAGCCUUCUUUCCUCCGUUCCUCUCCCUCGCCCUGAAUUCUCAAGUCCUCAUGUGUUCUUGUAUUGGCUUUGUCACUUCUUUGUAAGUAUCGGUCCUAGGACCCAUGGGA